AUGGAAGUAACUAUAGAAAAUUUUGAUCAAAUCAUGGAAGAAAUAUAAGAAAUAUUUAAAACUAAAUAAUUUUGUAGAUAUAGUAAAUAUAAUAUAUCAACUAUUGCUAUAAGUUUAUUGGAAGAAACUAACGAAAAUCAAAUAAAAUUAAAUUCAUAUUUAUUUUAUACAUUUCCUUCUGAUGAAACAGCUAAAAUCUCAAUAAACUCAGUUGUUUAUGAAACAGAUAUAGAUUGGAAUAAAUGGUUCUGUAAAGGAAUAAAUUAUAAAAAUGAAGAUCAAUUAUAAAAAUUUAGAUAAAAAUUAUUUGAAGAAUAUGAUUUAAAUGAAUAAUAAUAAUAUUAAGUAUUACUAAAUAGCUGCAAUAAUGAAACAAAUUUAAAAAUGUAGUUUUGA